ACAAAUACUUUCAGUCCUGUGGUUCCUGUAAAAAUCAAUCUCUAUCGUCAUCUUGCUCUCAUCAAUAAAUACCCUAUAAUAUCAAAGAGUUUAUAACCAUAUUGUUUAACAUCAUCAUAAUUAAGUUUCUGUUACAAGUCCAAUGGCAAAUGACCGGGAAGUUCUACGCGAAAUAUGGGACGGAAAGUUACCCAUUUGUUUUCAACUAGAUCAAGAAGAAAUUAUGGAAAUCCAGCAACCCGACCCAUUCUAUGUAAUGGUCCCUCGAUUAAGCUACUUUCCUUUAGUAACAGAUAAGAUGAAAAGGCAUUUCCUGCGAUACAUAUCCCAAGAAAAUGCAGAUAAUGAGAUGUGGCUUGAUUAUAAUGGGCAGCCCUUGAAGUGGCACUAUCCUAUAGGCUUUCUUUAUGAUCUGUAUUGUGGCAGUGACCCGCAGCUGCCUUGGACACUGACUGUGCACUUCACUAAGUUUCCUGAAGAUAUUCUUCUUCAUUGUCCCAAUAAAGAUGUUGUUGAAGCUCACUACAUGUCAACAGUCAAAGAGGCUGAUGUGCUGAAGCAUCGAGGCCAGGUCAUGUCCACAAUGCAAAAAAAGGACCAUAACCAGUUAUGGCUGGGUUUACAAAAUGACAAAUUUGAUCAAUUUUGGGCAAUAAACAGGAGGCUAAUGGAAUCCCAUGGUGAUAAUGAUGGUUUCAAACACAUUCCAAUUAGAAUAUACUCAGAUGAAGGUAUUUGCUGUCAACGUUUAGUCAACCCCAAGAAUGCAGAUGGCAGUAGAAAAGUGUUACAGCAAAUGAUUGAAGAUUUUUAUCCAGACAAAAUUGAUGUGAAAUUGAGGACACAUGGAGUAGUUAUCCCCGGUGAUACCCCACUGCAAUGGCUCUCUGAACACAUGAGUUAUCCAGACAACUUUCUGCAUUUUUGUGUGUGCUAAAAUGACCUAAGAAGUAAUUAUAUUUAACUAAUGUUAAAUUGUAAUGAUAAGUUAUAAUAAACUAUUUAUAAAUGCAUUCCUAAAUAA